CUUCGGAAGCGUCUCGUGAGCGGACUCCUCUUUUUCACUUUCGGGGCCGGCGUUGGCACCGCUGGUUUUCUUCUGUCGCAGCGCGAGGAGGCGUUCUUUGCGCUUCAAGGCCUGCUCUUCGAGCGAACCCACCUUGUCGUCGGCGGCCAUUACUGCAAAGGCAUCUGCGGAUUGACUUUGUAUCUUAAAAUUAAAAGUGGCUUUGACUUUCAAUAUUUAUUUUUGCCAGCUUGCCAACCGUUGGCUUAAAUUUUAGCAAUUUUAAAAUACUAAGCACUAAAUUAUUUUUAUAUCAAAUAUAUUAUCUAAGUUUAUAAACUUUAAAACUUUUUAUUAAGACUUUUAUAUUGAUUAGAAAUCGAAACUUCUCCUCUAUUCGAAUUCAAACCGGAACUUUAUCUGAGUUUGGAGAACUACAUUUGCAUAUUAACGUAGUUAUGUAAAUAUUGCCUUAUUUUUAGAACCGUAAGUAAGUUAGUCAUAUUCUAUGACAAGCGCCACAUUAUGCACACGCGCAAUUGUUUAUCUAAGGCAAUAGCACAAUAUCUGUUAGCGCAUUGACACCGGUGUCGAAGAGCUGCUUAUCGAGAAAGGAAUUUCAUCUCCCCACGUUUUACGCAGUUGCUUACAGUAUCGAAAUGCAAUUCUGUCGGGGAAUAAUUGUGAUACCCGCUGGGUUCAGUGCGAAAAGUCGUGCGUGCGUCUGCACUGUCUCAAGGUAGCCACCAACCCCCAUCCUACGCAUUUGGCAACUAGGCGGGUGAUCAGCUUCCAAGGACUGCGUGGUUGUAUGAGAUUCUGCUCGUUCCUUGCCUCGUUCUUGACCUCCAGGUCGCACGAUCCAGCUCACAAUGUGCACCUCGAUGGAAACAGCUGUUUCGUGGGACUCGACCAACAGUGACAGCAUGCCAGACAACCAUGACUGUGAUUUCGAGCCUGCUCUUGAGUUUGAUGACACUGAACUAAUCCAGAGUUCUCUCGGUACCCACGGAAACCUUCCUGUCAAAGAGCCUGACCGGGCGGUGCCCACGGAGCUGGCGCUGGGCCGUGGGGAGCGGGGGCUGCUGGGCAACGGGCACAGCGAAGGCAAGGGCUCCUCGUCGGACUACCUGGACUCCCCCUCCUCCCUCUCGGACAGCAUCAUGGACGAGAACUAUGAGGCACAGCUGGGCCUCGACUCCCUCGAGCCAGAGUUUGCCACCGAGGCAAGGGAGGACUUCGACGACAUACACCGCUACGGCAUUGUCGAGAUCGCCGGGGACGACGCCUACGGUCGGAACGUCAUCGUCAUCUCGGCGUGCCGCCUGCCGUCCAACAAGGAGCUCGACCACGCCAAGUUCCUCAGGUACCUGAUGCACACCCUGGACCAGUUUGUGGAGAAUGACUACACGCUGGUGUACUUCCACCACGGACUCAACAGCAAGAACAAGCCUUCCCUCGGCUGGCUGUGGACCGCCUUCCGCACCUUCGAUCGCAGAUACAAGAAGAACCUGAAGGCGCUGUACCUAGUCCAUCCCACCAGCUUCCUCAAGAUUCUGUACCAACUGUUCAGGCCGUACAUCAGUGCCAAGUUUGGCCGCAAGAUCUCCUACAUGAACCACCUGCACGACCUGAAGCAGCACCUCCACUACGACCAGCUGCAGAUACCCGAACAAGUGCUCGAGCACGACAAGAAGUUGCUGUCCAACUCCAAGGGGGCCUGGAUGCCGCAUUCGCAGAGUGGCGGCAGCAGCUUUUUCACCGAGAACUGGCAGCCCAGGCAACAGUUCCGGGUCACCCUACAGCACAUCAAGAAGCACAACGGAGGGGAUCCAAUUCCGUCCGUGGUUCGGGUCUGCGUCACAUACCUCGACAACGAUAAUGCCCUGGAGACUGAGGGCAUAUUCAGGCGGUCUGCUAACACGCAGGUGGUCAAGAGCGUACAGAAGGUGUUCGACGAAGGAAAAGAGGUGGACUUCAGUGCAUAUGAGAAUGUGCACGUGGCAGCAGUGAUCCUCAAGACAUUUCUCAGGGAACUGGAGGAACCACUGCUCACCUUUGACCUCUACGAAGAGGUCAUGCGCUUCCAAGAGCUGGACCAGUCCGAGAAGCUGGCACAGGCUCGAGCUCUGUUGCUCGAGAGGCUACCCGAUGACAACUACGAACUGCUCAAGUACAUUGUGGAGUUUCUGGCCAAGGUGAUUGAUAGGAGUGACCUGAACAAGAUGACAGCCUCCAACCUGGCCAUAGUGUUUGGUCCCAACCUGCUUUGGUCGCGGGAAGAGCAGGCGUCGUUGAGUUCCAUUACCCACAUCAAUCAGUUUGCAGAGUACAUCAUCAAGCAGCAGCACCUGCUCUUCUCCAAGUGAAAUCCGAAGGACUCGUGACAUCUCCGACGUCGCUGGAGGGAGUGAGUCUUCAGCAUCAUCUUCGGCAACGCAGUGCAGUCUUUAGCAUGCCGGCAUCGCUCCGUGGUGGCCUCAAACGCUGCAUUGACACCGCAAUGUUUUCCGGCACGGCCACAACGUCGUGCGGUGCUCUUAGAUGCUGUCGUAGUGUUGCAGCAGCUUCCUUUGGGGCUGUCAGAAUGUUGGAAUAUUGUGGCCUAUGUCUUGCGGCAUUGCCUCGAAGAGUAAGUGACGUGCGUGCAUCGAUGUGCAGCAUUUUUGCGAUGGGUCGAUGCAGCAUCCCAAUAUUUUUGCAAUUUUAGUUUUGACAUUGUGACAUCGCACUAACAUUGUUUUUUUGGGAGAACUCGAAUGACCUCUGCUGUCGCCUGAACACAACGUUGACGGCCUUGUGACAUUGUUGCAGUAGGUUAUUAACAACGUUUGAAAAGUGCUGUUUCCAAUUUGGGAGGUCGUUGUUACUUGCCUCUAAUCUUGUCCGACCAUUUUUUCAUCAUACAGUGACUUCGCACUGACUGAACAAUUGUUGUGGACUCAAACUUGGUCCCAACAUCACGUGAGAGUUGCAUUCAUUGUCGUGCAUUAACAAUGUCUUGAGGUCUGGACGUUGCCAAUAUUGUGGUUUGUCAUGUCACGAACGUUGCAGACGGCAUUUUGUGGGGUGGGGAGGGGUGGGGUUUUGUUAAAGCUACCUAGUUAGUACAGCUGGAAUGAGGGUACCACUCACCAUAACCGUCGUGAAAACGUUGGACUUAAAUUGCGCAUGUUGCGGAAACGAGCCACGAAUGUCUCCUCAACGACCACAGUGUACAGGGUCGUCGAGAUAAAUCCGGAAAAUUCAUUAUAUUCAGGAAAACAUACAGAGGCAAAGAUAAUAUCAAUAUCAACUGUUUUCUGUGCUUUGCUCGGUCUGCCGUAACGUCUUCCUGGCCGACAGAUUAUCUGGACGUCUUGGCAAUGCUGUAAACUUGUGUCUUCUUGUAGUCAUACCACGCAUUGAUUUGCUUAGGCGACUUUCCGGCACGAUGUGAUUCAAGUAUUGCUGCCCCCCGGUCAUAUUCCCUGCUCAUUUUUGAGCAAGUCGUAAGUUGUUUAUCAUGCGAUGAUCUGCUGUCAAAUCACGUCACCGCAGAAGCGCAAUACGGCCGGUUAGCUUCACUGAAUCGUUUAGAGACGAAACCUGGAAAAAGUCUGGGUUUAUCUCGACAACCCUGCAUAUAGUUUAGGAAAACAAAGUGAGCGCUGGAUCCAGGAAAUGUUGUUGAUUCUUCCGCCCUUUCCAACUCUGAAGAGUUUGGUUCACCGUGAAUAUGGUAACAAAACGUCCUGUUGGAACUUGUGUCUGUGUUUUGAGAGGUGGUCAAGUUUGCUUUAGGAAACAAAUUGAGGACAGUUGCCACGAAGAAACGGUACAAUGACAGAUACUGGCUCGUGUUUAAUAACUCGAGAGUGAGGUCUCUCUUAACAUACACUUAACAAGCUAACCAAAAGAACUUAGGGUGCCAUAGCACAAUGUACGAGAUUCCUUUUUCUUGGUUGCUAAAUAUUACUCUUUGUUAGCUUUAUUUUUCUCUACCUAUAUUUCUUGAAGCUCAGGGAUUAUACUGACAGCCCAAGAAACACAUAAUAUUGGUCCUGUCUAUUUUUAUCGUGUAAGCUUUAUUUUCUUUCAGCAUACAAGCUGUUUGCUCUCAGAUUUUCCAAGAUUAUGAGUGAAUCCCUCGUACCCAAGUCUUCCUAACCUGUUACGUAAUAACCGCCGUGGGUUAGUGUAGAAGGAGCAUCCAAAGAAUUGAUUUUAAAGGAGCACGGACCAUCUUGUGCAACUGAUUGCUAGUUUUAACUUUUAACCGCCCCCUCAUUAUCGAGUACCCAACGCAUCCGUUCUCUGCAGACCGCGAGUCCGUUCACAGCCAGAUCCUUCAGCACCGUCAGUUUUCUUAAAUGCUGCGAUUGCAUUGGCAUGUGCUGGCUUAAGAAAGAUAAGCCUAAACGCGCUAGAAACAUUGUCAUUCUGCCAUUCCAGUACCUAGCAUUGCUAAAUUUGAGAGGGCCUAAGCACUUGUUCCUUCUAGAGCUGUAAUGCGGCAAAACCUUUAUCUGCUGCAAUGGAAGAAGUGCUUGCCUAGGCACACUGCCUCCGACGUUUGCCGGAACAAGUACUAAUACUCGCAAAAGUGAUGGCAUAUGGCAAGUUGGUCAGAAGAGUGCGACUACAAGAGCUGUACAGAAGUUCAGCAUGUUCCAUUGUAGAUAUGAAGUGUUCCAGGAAAGUCCCAAGUUUUGAGUGGGGCUGUGAAUGCCACUUCCAAUGUUCCGAGCCUAAACCGUAGCUCUCGCCCACCACAUAUCAUGCAGGUCGCGACUAUGCGACGAAUGCACCAGUUGAAUAUCACUGCACCAAGUCUCGCCAACACUUCAUUGGUGUAGACGCAACUCUGCUGCCCUCCAGAAUCUCUCUAUCUGCAUUGCUGUAGCCGAGUUGACUGUUGGAAAGUUUCACCACGGAUGUGAGACUCUUGUUUCUGUACUCAAAAGGAGUAAGCAAGAUUUUUUGCUUCGCCAUUCUCUUCAAUUGAAGCAGUCGGCGACAAUUCAUUGUCUCCGAUUUUAUUUUCAUUUCAUCGCAUUUUUGGGUGCAACUUCGUUUGCUUGAGUAACCAUUCACUUCAGCUAUAGAAAGCCAGGUUGAAUGUGGUUUACUUUUCUGGAAGGCUAUUGUGGAUUUCAAAGCCAGAACCUUCAAAACAGAGACAAGCCUAAAAUUUCCAUGCCAUCUUUAUUUUGUACAAAAUGUAAUCUGGCAAUAUUUUCUUUGUUCCUUUGUUAGCUUUUCUCUUUUUUCAAAUGUCUCAUUUUAUAGCUCACCAACGUGUGAGCACCUCCAUCCUUCCUUUUAACAGCAAUGCGGGCAACUCGAAAUAUCUAUUUUCAAAAUAUAGCUAGGAACGAAGACUGAUCAGUUGCCGGGCACAAGCGUUAAUUCCGCGACGUCGUCUCUCUAGCCGUCGUUGAAAAUAUAACCUUUCCGAACUGUGAUUGUGCUGUGCUGUACAUUGACCCUGUACAUAGCUUGAGAAAUGUGUAAGCUCUCUAGUCAGUGUUGGGUACACAAUUCCUUUUUUUUUCUUUGCCACGCCGCUUCUUUAGUUCUUGCUCUCGAAACGUGCCGAAGACGUGUCAUGCCAAUCAAACAUAGGAAGAUGGACGAGCUAGAGAACGAGAACCCAUAUAUAUUUUUUCACAAGAGUAGGGUCUAUCAAACAAAUUCUAGCCAGUCCAUUCUAGCACUUCUCACUGUCUUAAUCAAUUUUCCCGAGCUUGCCCAGUUUUGUUUUAAGAAUUUACGACUGUUUUUGUGCCCAUUGUGAUUUAUCUUGAUCCUAUAACUAGUAGAAAAAGAAGCUUCUUCCUUUUAAUCAAUGCAGAGAUUUUCAGGCUUGCUGAAGAUCUUACAGGUGGGCCUUUAGCUUCCAUAUUUUGAUCUAACCAUAUUGUCAAUAUUAGUUAUAUAUUUUACUUUUUCAACGUGCGAGCAAUGUUCCGUUAAAGGAGGGCCAACGUUCACAUUUUAUUUCCAAAAACGUUCCUCACAUCCAGCUUGCGACGCACUGUCCAAAACGAGCGGUCGGGACAAUGUUAAUUUAUGUAGCCACGUUUCCUCAAAUUUAUUUUUGUUCUCCGACACCGGUAACGCUGUAAAAAGAGCUGUACUAUAUUUACCUGUAACUUAGAAGUGUGCUGUGACGCGUGUUACGAGAACUGUCGUGCAACAGUCAAAAGCCGCCAGUACUUUCUCCUUUCGUAGCAGCUCCGACUAAUCUCUGUGUACAUAAGUGGAGGUUUGCACCCAGUGAAGACACAUUACUGCCUCGCUUCGAAGAAACGCUCGCAAUAUGGCGCUGGUCACUUCGUUGUACGAGAUUCGCCAUGUUGGCAAAUGAGUUACAAGUGCCGUCGCUCGCAAAUAUUAACAGAUGCUGGCGCCGUGUCGAGAAAACUGAAAUGCUGUGUUUGUACAGAUGCGGGGAUAUUUACGGAAAAAAUAGAAUUUUGUAUCGUGCCAACUGUGUCAGCGACAACCUAUUGCCAUGCAUGUAAAUAAACUUUUUGCACAUAGGUGAA